UCCCCUUCUCCCGUUGAGUCCCUGAACGCAUCUGUUGAGCAUGCGCACUAGGCCCGCCCCACAGCGUCUCAUCUCUCGCGAGGAACGACGCCGUUAUCGUACCUUCGACAAACAACACGAGAAUUCAUCAUUCACACGAUCUGAGCUAUGUCAGAAGAGGAACUGGAGGAAAUUGUGCAAAUAACAGUGGAGGACUUAAGCCCGGAGGGCCCUGCAGCAGACAUGCUGGACAAUCAUGGACAAAAUGAAGAGAAUCCUCAGAAGAAAAAGAGAAAAUUCAGCAACAGUCAGGAAAACUAUGGCAACAACCAGGACAUAUCUUAUAUUAAGAAUAUGAUGGUCUCAUUCACAACAUCGGUCAACCAGCGAUUGGAAGUAAUUGAAUCCAAGCUGCAGUCUGUGGACACCACUUGCAAGGCUCUAACACAAAGGCUGGAUAGCAUAAUGAAUUAUGCAAAAAAUCCUAUCCAGGUUCCAAUGGUUGCAGGGUCACCUCAGGGGGCCACUCAGACAUGGAACAAAGUGCGCUGUGUUGUUCCUCAAACAAAUGUGAUUGUGGGCAGUGAACCCAUGAAGCAAGAAGACCCUUCAUUGGAAAAUCUGCUCAGCAACACAGUGGCUAAGAAGCGACAAAACACAAUCCUGGUGAAGGUGCCAGCCCCCGAGGAGAGUCAGGAGGAACAGGAUAGUGGCUCAGAGGCCAGUGACUCUGUUUCCAAUGGAGGAAAUCCGAACAAUGCACAAAAUGGACAGAAUGUCACGCUCAUCACACUCAAUUCUGAGGAUGACUACCCUGGGGGCACAUGGUUAGGCGAUGAGACGAACCCAGAGAUGCGGGUUCGCUGCCCAGUCUCGCCAGCUGACAUGCUCCAUAUCACCUCAAACUGCCGCACAGCAGAAAAAAUGGCUUUGACACUGCUGGACUACCUUUUCCAUCGGGAGGUCCAGGCCAUGUCUAAUCUGUCUGGUCAAGGCAAACAUGGCAAGAAGCAGCUGGAUCCACUCAUGAUUUAUGGCAUUCGAUGCCACUUGUUCCACAAAUUUGACAUCUCAGAGUCAGACUGGUAUCGCAUCAAGCAAAGCAUUGACUCAAAAUGUCGCACUGCCUGGAGACGCAAGCAGCGUGGUCAGAGUCUGGCCGUCAAGAGCUUCUCUAAACGUACGCCUCAUGUUUCAGGCUCAGAGGGAGGCCUCGCAGAAGAAGCCACCCACAUAGAAACAGCCACCCAGCAGACGUUGCACUAUGCGUUGGCCAAUCAGCAGGUCCAGUUCCAUCAUAUUGGCGAGGAUGGACAAGUUCAAGUGAUUCCACAGGGACAGUUGCACAUUGCCCAGGUGCCUCAAGGAGAGGAGGUGCAGAUCACACAGGACAGUGAGGGGAACCUCCAGAUCCACCAGGUGCAUGUUGGUCAAGAUGGACAGGUACUUCGGGGAGCUCAGCUCAUAGCAGUGGCAUCAGCUGAAGCGGGGGCGACAGCGAUUGAAGGCACCUCCCUUCCCCCUGAUAUCCAAGUACAAUAUGUCCAACUUGCCCCAGUCACAGAUCACACAGCUGCAGUACAGGCUGCUCAGCUGGCUCCUGCACUACAAUCAGACAUGGAGGUGAAAGAGACCAUCCAGGGAGAGAACGGCGAGGUGGUCCAAAUAGUCACCUCCGUGGCUACCUGAGAGAGACCCCUGAACCGGGGGCUCUCCAAAAUGUUACGAAAGACACGUCGCCACGGUGCGUCAGAGGUCCGCACAUGCAAAGCCACUGACAGACAUUGAAGUCGGAAAGCCUUUCAACAAAUCAUGAAGGUCGAGAGAGUUCCGGAGUGCCAAACAGAUGUUCACAGAGAAGUAGACCAUGAUUUUUCAAAAUCAGCUGUUCUUUUUCUGGUGUGUUCAUCCCAAGAAGGAUGCAUCCCACCCCUGAAUGCACAGUGGGAUUAUUGUCUGUUCAGGGCAGAUGCUGCUCAUGCAAAGCACUGACAUACGCACUUGUUUACAAGUACGAAACAUACUUGUGUUAUUUAAUAUCAAGCAGCAUGGCCCCCAUUUGGGGUUUUAAACCCCUGAAUCCCACCUCACUCAAGCAGUGCUCUGUUCAGUUUCUCAUCAACAUUUUGGUCACCGGGGUGGAGCCUGGAAUGAUCUGAGAACAGCUACUCUUAUGAUAAAUUUGUUCUUCUGUCACUCUGUGAUCUAUUCCAUAUUUCAUCUCCUGACUGUGAAACCACUCCCUGUUUUCACAUAUUGUUUCUGUUGGAUUUAUCUUAUUUGUUGCUUGUGGAAAUGCAAGGGGAGAUUUUAUUUUGAAAGACCUACAUCAUGAAAAUAGAGGUGGUGCCUGUUGUUGUUAGUACAAGUUGGUUUUAAAAUACCAAGGAAAACCUGAAAAUGUUCAUAUUAAUAUUGUCUUUGUAAAUAUACAUUCUUGUGAAUAAACCAUGUACAUGGUU